GCCGGCGGAGUUGCAAGGAUUCCAGCGAGAGCGCGGAGGCGGCCAAGAGCAGGAAACAGUAGCACUAGACUCGACUGGCAGCGCCCUUAUGAGGCGCAGCCACUAGCUGCUCCGACCCGGCCAGGCCAGCGACGGGAAGCCAAUCAGAAGCCAGCUUCACGCCGGGGGCGUGUUCAGCCCCCGCGGCGCGGCCAACCGCUCCCGAACCUACUUGGGCUUGCUCGCACAGGCGCAGAGGGGAGCCGAACGGGACGCCGGGAGCAGGAAUCUCUCCACAUGGCAUCCCGAGAAGGGACCGUUACAGUUCGCCUCAUUCGUUCUUUUGAGCAUCGCAAUUUCAGACCUAUAGUGUAUCAUGGAGUCAAUUUGGACCAAACUACGGAGGAGUUUAUAGUAUUUCUAAAGCAAGAUAUUCCUUUGAGGACCAGCCUGCCACCACCAUUCAGAAAUUAUAAAUAUGAUAAACUCAAGAUUGUUCACCAAGCACAUAAAUCAAAGACGAAUGAGCUCGUGUUGAGUCUGGAAGAUGACGACAGACUCCUGCUGAAGGAAGACAGCACGCUGUGGGCCGCGGGAGUCGCUCAUGAAACUGAAAUUGCAUUCUUCUGUGAAGAAGAUUAUAAGAACUACAAAGCUAAUCCCAUUUCAUCCUGGUGAAAACCCUUUGGGGGCUUCCUUUUUGCAUACCUGUCGUAAGCUCUUUAUUCCACUAGUGAGUUUUUGAAAUUGACAAAUAAACUUAAAAAAUUAAUCUCAG